UUUAACGUUGUCAAGCUAGGAGGGAGCAGCAAUACAGUAACUGGCACGGCUGGCGCACUGGCUUUAUUGUUUUUUUCUUGUUGUUGUUGUUUGUUUGCCUCCCCCUCCCUCCCUCCCGGGAGUGACGCACAGUGCGGUGGAACAGAACGCCCCAAAAGUGGUCGUUCGUGGUAGAUUUUUCAGCGUAAAGCGGCGAAGCGUUUUUCCGUUCCGGGUUUCGUGGUGUCCUUCUCACUUACCACGCACUUGGUGGUGUUUUGCUGCAGACGUAUUAGAUUGGUCCCCCAAAAAAACCCGAACCGGGUUUCUCUGGCGCCAACGUGCGCCAUAGUUCGGUAGUGUGUGGAAAGAUAGUGAAUUGCUUGCGUGAUUGUGCGGUACGGCGAACAGAUCCUUGCGCUUGCUUCAGUGUGUACGUUUAUCGUGAAUGUCGUGAAUUCGAUUGUGAUUGUGUGUGUGUGUGUGUGUGUGUGUGUGUGUGUGUGUGUGUGUGUGUGUGUGUGUGUGUGUGGGUCUGUGAGUGACACCACCCCUGCAGUGACAAGUGUUUGUUGGGUGUUUGCGAGUGCAUGUGGGUGGAAGGAGUAGCGCUUGCUUGACCCCCUGCCCACUGCCGAGGCCGACAUCAUGCAUUUGCAUUUUGAGAAAAACUCCAACACAAGAUGCGACUGCCCGAUACUGUCACUGUCCUGGAUGGGCAAGGUGCCGGAUGACAUACCGGAGGAGGAAGGAUGGAAACUGAACCGUACCAACUACUACCAGGAAGGAUGGCUAGCUACGGGGAACGUACGGGGCAUUGUCGGUGUCACCUUUACGACAUCGCACUGCAAGAAGAACGUCGACUACCCGCUGCGAACAAAUUACAACCUUCGCGGGCAUCGAUCCGAUGUGAUCCUGGUCAAGUGGAACGAACCGUACCAGAAGCUGGCAAGCUGUGAUAGUUCCGGCAUUAUCUUCGUGUGGAUAAAGUACGAAGGCCGCUGGAGCGUGGAGCUGAUCAACGAUCGCAACACACCGGUGACGCACUUCUCCUGGUCGCACGAUGGCCGCAUGGCACUGAUCUGCUACCAGGACGGGUUUGUGCUGGUCGGGUCGGUCGCCGGCCAGCGGUACUGGUCGUCGAUGCUGAACCUGGACGCAACGAUCACGUGCGGCAUCUGGACGCCCGACGACCAGCAGGUGUACUUCGGCACUACCCAGGGCCAGAUCAUCGUGAUGGACGUGCACGGUGCGAUGGUGUCGCAGGUACCGCUCGGCUCGGACGUGGGCAUUACGGCGAUGGCCUGGUCGUGCGAGAAGUUCAAGAUGGAGGAGGGCGAAGACACGGAACCGGGCGUGACCAACGCGUCGAAGCGUAGCUUCGUGCUGGCGGUCAGCUUCCAGAACGGGUACAUCUAUCUGCUGAAGUCGUACGACGACAUCACGCCGAACCAGAUCCACACCGGCAUGAACGGCGAGCUGGGCAUCGUGAUGGAGUGGAGCAACUCGCGGGAGCUGCUGGCCGUGGCGGGGACGGAGCUGGGCAGCCCGCACAUGACUGAUAUCCAUGGUGCUACGGUGUACAACAAUCUACUCAAGUUCUACACCGAAUCUGGCAAUCUUCUCUACACCGCCAAAAUUCCCAAUAGUACGUAUCCAGUGUCUGCCCUCACGUGGGGUCACAAUGAUAAGCGAAUAUUCAUAGCGACCGGUACGCAGGUACAUAUAGCGUGGGUUUCCCGACGGGUCGCGUCGUUGCAGCUGUUCUGUCGGCUGAAAGUUCAAACUUCGCUCGCUUCCGAAGCGCUGCUGCCAAGACUGCCCCUGCCCGGUCGGAUAAAGGCUCUGAUCGGCAACCUGUUUGCUCAAACCAUACGGUGCUGUGUUCCCGAUUUGAAGUCACUGCGUGAAUUUGUCUCGCGUCCGCCCGCCUGCUCGACGCGGCUCCACUGUACGAUGAUACGGCAUGAUGACGAUUCCAACCAGAGCUCAGGGACUUGCUACACGCUCUAUCUGGAGUUUCUCGGCGGGCUUGUGCCGCUGCUCAAAGGCAAGCGAACCUCCAAAAUACGGCCAGAAUUUGUGAUAUUCGAUCCUCAGGUUGAUGAAGUUUCUACAUACUGUACAUAUUCAUCUGAUUCGACAACUACUACGACUACGACGAAAAGCGCGUCUACGUCGAGUCACUCGACCACUGGCACGAACGGUCGAUCCGACAGCUCCGAGAGUGACAUUGACGACGACUGCCGAUCACCACGACUGGAUCGAAAACGAAAGACCGGGACGAAAAAACGCAACCCCAGCAGUAACGACCGAUCACCGAAUCAAAAUUCCGACUCUACGGAAAACAAUGAAGAUCUGGCUUAUCUCGACACACUACCAGAGCACGUAAAGUUAGUCGAGGUGACAUCCAACAUCUGGGGCACAAAGUUCAAGAUACACGGGCUGGCGAAAACGCUUCCGGCCAAUCUCGGACAGGUGACGUACAAAACGUCACUGCUGCAUCUACAGCCCCGCCAGAUGAAGCUCGUAAUAACGGAGCUGCGGGACGACUUUCCCACCGGGCCGGAUCCCAACUUUAAUCCCAACAUUUUCUCCGAGGACGAGGAGGACCAGCAGCAUCUGCUGCAACAGCAGCAACAGCAGCAGCAGCACCAACACCAUCAGGCGCACCAGCAUCAAGGGCAGCACCAUGCACAGCACCAUUCCAACGGAACGCACCACGGCCCCUCGUUGAUGUCGUCCGCGCGCGAAAGCUGCGGUGCGAGUGCACUCAGCCGAAAGUUGCUGACCGAAAGUGCCCCUCCGAUUGCACCGAUGUCACCCCGACCGAAUCGAUUCCCGUCCCGGCCAAGACGCCAGCAGCAGCAUCAACCGUCCGCACUGGCCGGCUGCUCUGGCUCGUCCUCCGGUGGGCUGGCGCGCAAUGGCGCCCCAGGACUGGGACCAUUGGCCCGUGCGGAAUCCUACGAGGAUGAUACGGACGGCGGAGAGUCCACGACCGUCGUGGUGGUGAGCGAUCUGCACAGUGCUGCCGCACGUACGCCGCCCCGGCAAAGCAUAGGGUACAGUCUCGUCAGCCGUCCAUCGUCCGCCUCCAGCAAUCAAUCGCGCGUCGCCAUCAGCCCGCUGUACUGCGAGGGUUCCGUGCCGACGCUGCAGUCGCCCAAGAAUGCCGUCGCACCGAGUGACAUCAUCUUUGACCGGCCGCCAGCUGGACAGACGACGCUGAUGAGCUACUCGAGCAAUAACGACUACAUCGGCAGCUUGGUGCAGGUGAAGAAUGCGCUCGUUUCGUCCGACCAUCACCAUGGGCGCAGUACGAUGAGUGCCGGCAUGCCGCUAAACUUGAACCUUAAUCUGGAUCGUUCGGAGGCGGGUGGCCGUUCGCUGUGCACCAACGGGAGCAGCAGUGGGCGGGACUCGCAACCGAGCAGCGCACGGAGUACACCGAAAAAGCAAAACCUCAAGUUCAUCGACGAAGCGUCGACGCCCAGCACAUCGGCAACGGCUGCAACCAUCGUUCCUAACCCGGUACAGGCUUCAGUUAGUCCUGCCACGGCACCUGCACCCUCCACGACGGCCAGCACUGACUCGACGAACGGUCUUGAAACGCCCACGUCCGAAACGGUAGGCGGCGGAAUGCAUCGGACGCCCACUGUUGCCUCCAUGAUGACGUUUAUGCCUGCGGCCGGUUCUUCCAGCGCCACAGCAACGACUCGCAUUCCAGACUCGAUCACGCGUAGCUGCAGCGUAGGCUACCUGGACAACAUGACGAUCGUGCCGGGCGAAGAGGCACUGUCUAUGAUGCGACGCGACGCACCCUACAAGCGGCUCGUGCUGGUGGACAAGAAGCGCCAGAAGAAAUACAAACGCAAUCUGGACGAGCUGCGCCAGGCGACGCGGUUACGGGUGGAUGCGAAAUCGAAAAGCCUUGACUCCUGCUCGGACAUUCUGCAGGAGGUGCCCAACCUAAACCGCGAUCUUAUCAACCUGUUCCGCCAGAUGCCGAAGGUGAGCGAACUGUCGGAGAACGAAACCGAAUACUCCUCGUCCGAUCAGCUGAUGGGCGGCGGAAAGCCCGGCCCACUGAAGGAAGUGAACGGUGUGGUCACGCGCAAGGGUGCACCGAUGAAGUUUGGCCCGGGAGUGUCUGGCCCCGGGGGUUCCAAGACACCGAUACUCAAUCGGAAAGAAAAGCCCAAAAGCUGCUCCGUGUGCAGACAGAUCUCGCCGACCGUCAACUCCACCGAGCCGGUCUGUGUCAAGUGUCGCAAGAGCAGCAACAGCCAUCAGGAGGUGCCGGCUGAUGAGCUGACGAAGAAAGACGCCACCCUGGGUAGUAACGCGACGGCAUCCACUUCCAACGAGGCGCAUGUGAUAGCCAACGGGCAUGAUGGGCCGGUAAGUGCCGGAAAGCCACCGCAGGCACCGCCCAAAGCGAAGCGUACCACUCUGGGCCAAUACAUUCGCUCCGCGUGUAGCAACCACUACGGAGACCACUCGAGCGGGAAAGAUCCGACCAGUGCAGGCUCAUCCUCGGGGAAAGGAGGAGGCUUUUUCGAUCGAAAGUCCAACCACCACCAGCAGCAGCAGCAACAACAGCAGCAGGUGCCGGGCAGCGGUAGCGAAUGUUCGGCAAGCACUUCCGAGCCGGCACCGUCUGCUCCGUCCAACAGUACACCAUCCCGCUCGGUCGCCAGGAUCGUGACGAGCUUCACCGACAGUCCGCUCUUUUCUCGCCGCAACCGGCAGCCGAAAGCGCCGGAUGCCGACUCGAGCAAACCGCAGAGCGAAUCCACGCCGAUUCUGCUGCGCUGGAACGCAAACCGGCACAACCGGCAGAGCAAGCCAGACUCGCUAGAUUCGCCGAAAAAGCAUCGCCGCAACGGUAGCUGCCCGGGACCGAGCAACGAGUCGACCGAUGGAGGGGAGUCGAUGGGCACGGCCUCCACGUCGUCGCAGACGGACGAACCACGGCCGGGUGGAUCGGGUCAUACCGGUCCGGCCGGGCUCAUUAGCAGAUGGCGCGAUAUGGAGGAGGGUGGCCGCCAGUCUACACCACCGGCAUCGCCCGCACGGUUGGCGCGCAGUUCGCCCGCUUCGCCGACACCCAGCAAGAAGAGCAAACGGCACCAGAGCGCCUCACCGAUCAGGCACAUUCUGAACUCGCCGCUGCUAAACCGUCGCCAGCGGAAAAAGCAACACACCGAAAGCUCGGACGACGAGAAUGGCGGAAGUGGCGGUGGCAGUGGUAGUGGUGCUGGCAGUGCUGGCCCCAAUCAUAGCAGCCCCAGCAACCAUACGGACGACAGUAGCGGCAGCACGAGCGCGAAACAGUACCGCGAUCUUGAGACGUUCCAGAAGGCUCAGCUGCGCCAGAAGCUGAAGCGUGGGAAAAUUGAACCGAACGGUGUGGCCAGCUCGUCCCAGUCGCCCGCACCGGUGCGGCGCGAGUUUGUGAUGCACAACAAGGCCCCGAUGUGGAACGAGAACAGCCAGGUGUAUCAGCUAGACUUUGGUGGACGCGUUACGCAGGAGUCGGCGAAGAAUUUUCAGAUUGAGUUCCGCGGCAAACAGGUCAUGCAGUUUGGGCGGAUUGAUGGCAAUGCGUACACGCUCGACUUUCAGUACCCAUUUUCGGCACUGCAAGCGUUCGCGGUCGCGCUGGCCAACGUUACCCAGCGGCUGAAGUAGGGUGCUUGGCUUCCAUUUUCGCAGCAAACAUUGAAGCACACGCUCACAAACUUUUAAAUCGCCUUAAAACCAUUUAAACCCCCCCCCUCCCCCACCAAUACUCCGGUGAUCACGUGGAAGGACAGGCUAGACAAG